UCAAUGCGUGCUGUUGCUGGACGAAGCUGAGUCCUAUACAGCGCUCGCUGCUCUCCCGAUCAUGGCUUCUUCGAGUUCCUUCACCUACUGUUGCCUUCCAUCUUCCUCCCCUAUCUGGCCAGAACCGCUGUAUAGUCUGAGACCUGAGCACGCGCGGGAGCAGUUGCAAGACGACUCAGUGGAAACAGUCACGUCCAUAGAACAGGCCAAAGUAGAAGAGAGGAUCCAGGAAGUCUUCAGUUCUUACAAAUUUAACCACCUAGUACCAAGGCUCAUUUUGCAGAGGGAGAAGCACUUCCAUUAUCUGAAAAGAGGCCUUCGACAGCUGACAGAUGCCUACGAGUGUCUGGAUGCCAGCCGCCCCUGGCUCUGCUACUGGAUCCUGCACAGCUUGGAACUCCUAGAUGAACCCAUCCCUCAAAUAGUGGCCGCAGACGUGUGUCAGUUCCUGGAGCUGUGUCAAAGUCCUGAAGGUGGCUUUGGAGGGGGCCCUGGGCAGUACCCACACCUUGCACCCACGUAUGCAGCUGUCAAUGCGCUGUGCAUCAUUGGCACGGAGGAAGCCUACAACGUCAUUAACAGAGAGAAGCUUCUUCAGUAUUUAUACUCCCUGAAGCAACCCGAUGGCUCUUUCCUCAUGCACGUGGGAGGUGAGGUGGAUGUGAGAAGUGCAUACUGUGCCGCCUCGGUGGCCUCUCUAACGAACAUCAUCACUCCAGACCUCUUUGAAGGCACAGCCGAAUGGAUAGCAAGGUGCCAGAACUGGGAAGGUGGCAUUGGUGGGGUGCCAGGGAUGGAAGCCCAUGGCGGCUACACCUUCUGUGGCUUGGCUGCGCUGGUCAUCCUUAAAAAGGAACGCUCUUUGAACCUGAAGAGCUUGCUACAAUGGGUGACGAGUAGGCAGAUGCGAUUUGAAGGAGGAUUUCAGGGCCGCUGCAACAAGCUGGUGGACGGCUGCUACUCCUUCUGGCAGGCAGGGCUUCUGCCCCUGCUGCACCGAGCCCUGCACGCUCAAGGUGACCCUGCCCUCAGCAUGAGCCACUGGAUGUUCCAUCAGCAGGCCCUGCAGGAGUACAUUCUGAUGUGCUGCCAGUGCCCAGCGGGGGGCCUGCUGGACAAGCCCGGCAAGUCCCGUGACUUCUACCACACCUGCUACUGCCUGAGUGGCUUAUCCAUUGCCCAGCAUUUCGGAAGUGGAGCCUUGCUGCACGACGUGAUCAUGGGUGUGCCUGAAAAUGCUCUGCAGCCCACUCACCCUGUCUACAACAUUGGGCCCGACAAGGUGAUCCAGGCCACCACACACUUUCUGCAGAAGCCAGUCCCAGGCUUUGAGGAAUGUGAAGACAAGUUGACCUCAGAUCCGACCACCGACUAGAGGACCGCAUGGCUCCCCCAGCUCCCCCGUCAGACAAGGUUUCUCCGUCUGGGUAGCUUAUGUGAGCCUCGGCCGCUUUGGAGUUAUGGUUUCUCUGUCCUUGCCUGUCAAACAAAACAAAGCCAGCAGCUCUGGGUUUGGAAUACACAGUGGUGUGAUUUUUUUAAAAAUUAUUUUCAUACCUGUCAAGCCAAAACUCUGUGAGCCUGCAUAGUGGGGUUGGAGGAGAGCGGUGCAUGCUGGGAAGAAGCCACCUCUCCUGGCAGCCAGCAGCC